CGUCUUUGAUUUUAGGGUUUCGUUAUCUUCUUGUGGCUGGGCUGCGAGAAAAGCAUUGUGGCUCGUUUUCUUUUUCCUUCCAUUUUAGAAGGAGGAGAUUAUAUGAUUUUUUUUUUUUUUUAAUUUCAACCAAUCACUGAACGAAGUUGGUACUGAACUAGUGUUGAGAGGUUCAACUGAAUAGUUUGUUUCUUGUGCCAUACGCUGGUACAGUGCGUUUUUUCAGUGUAUCGUGCCCUAGAAAAUAUUACAAGACAUGUGAGGGUUAAUCACACUUUUUAACUUGUUUUCUAAUUGAGUUAUAUAAUAGAAGUACUUAGAUGGGGACUUGUGUUGAUAAAGGAGAAACUGCCAUGGACACACAUGACUGGAGAGCUCAAUUGCCAUCUGGUGGACGCCAGAAGGUCGUCAACAAGAUAAUGGAAGCACUGCAUAAGUACCUUCGAGUUUCUGGACCAGAGGAAAUGAACGAGCUCAGGAAGAUUGCUUCCAGAUUCGAGGAGAAAAUUUUCAGCGAUGCUGUUAACCUGACUGAUUACCUUCGGAAAAUAUCCAUCAAGAUGCUGCCUUUGGAUACUAAAGCACCAAAUGCAGCUGGUUCUUCUUUACCGAUCCCUGGUGGUUAUAACCGUCUGCCCUUGAAUCCGGGUUGUCAUCAGAUGACAGUCGAAGGACCCGUCGAAGCAGAGCCUGUUGUGAACACAGGUGACUGGAGAACUUGUCUGCCACCGGAUUCACGCAAGAAGAAUGCCAACAAAAUAAAGGGAACACUAAAGAAACAUGUUCCAAACUGUGGGAAAGAAGGAGAUAUAGAGCUCAAGAAAAUUGCUGAUAGCUUUGAGGAGUUGAUUUUCAACACUGCUAUUGAUCAGGUGGAUUAUCUUCACAAAACAUCCUUCAAGAUCACACCUUGAAACCUCCAAAGUUCGAGGCAGGAAUAAACAUGGAGGGAUUUUUCUAACGCAUCCGUAAUCCUCAACAAGGAAAAACAACGUUUCCUUUAUUUAACUGGUGUAGAAUCAAAACUAUUUUGUAGCAGUUGAUUUAAGGGAACAUUUAUUUUAUUUUUCUUAAGAAAUGAAUAAGUAUAAUGGUUGAUAUUA